AUGUCAUCCAAACACGAGCUGAGACAGCUGGAAGAGGACAUGUUCGAGAACAACGAAAUGGAUGACGAUUCACUCAAUGACGAGUUGCCACCGACAUACAGCUCUCUCUUCUCCGAAGACUUACUACUCUCACCACCAACCACCGCGGAUGAAAGGCGUGAAUCGAUCCUGAUAGCAGAUAUCGGCCGUUUUAGCAUAGAUUUAAGCGCGGGAACUCGCACAUCUACGCUAAUCCAAGAAUUUUCGUUACCUACCCAACGACCUCAGGUUGUAGAAAUUCGAGCCAACAAUUCCAGGUCAACUUCACCUGCCGAAAACACCGAUAAUGUCAAGGAUGGACUUGGAACUCAUGGUAUCCCACUAGAUAUUGUUCUGAUGCUUGUGGGAAGCAGAGGUAAGGACGGAACAUCGCCAAGAGCACUCCUACGCAUGCACCGCUAA